GCCGUUCCCCGCUCGCCGCCGAUGGUCCCGGCGCAACAUGGCGGCCGCCGGCCGGGCCGGACCUUGAGUGCCGCUGCCCUCGUUCCGCCCGCGGGGCCGAGGCCGCCGGGGACAGCGUCCGGCCCGGCCCUCCGCCUCACGGUGAGGGGAUGCUGCGGGCGAAGGGGUGGUGCGGGCCGGGCAGAGGGCGGGGAGAGCGCUCCGGCUGUGCGUGGCCACGCUGGCCAGGGGAGAGGGCGGGCGGCGGGGAACAAAGGGCUGCGGGCUGCCUCGGUGCUGGGCUCGGGUGGAGCAGCUGAGGGCAGGGAUGCGCCUGCAGGGCUCUCUUAAAGCAAAAUAUGUAUAUAUAUAUAAAUAAAUUUUAGAAAUGGACCGACAGACCCACCAAAGUUGCAGAAUGCGUGUUUUGCUGAGGGCACGGCUCGAAGCGUCCUGCGUGUGGUUAACGGGACUGCGCAGAGAAAAGCCUUCGUGCUCACUGGAGAUCUGAGCCGCCAAGAUAAUCCGAGACUUACAGCAAGAGCUGUGGUGCUCCGUCCCUGCAGGUGCCCCAGGCCGUGGGUUGGCCCUGGGCAGCCUGAGUUGGUCCCCAGCCCGUGGGGGGGUCAUUAAGGUUCCUUCUAAACUAAGCCGUUCUAUGGUCUCAUAACAGUGCCUGACGCUGGCUGUGCUUAGGGCUUGUUUUCUCCUUGUAUUCUCUCAUCUGGAUGCCUCGUUUGUGAGAUGCCGGUUGAGCGGGACCCAAAGAAGACCUGGAAGAUCCCGAAGAGAGAGCUUUGUGGAAAAGCAUCUUGUAAUAGCAGGCUGUAGGUAGUGCCUGGGAUUGGAGAGAGGACAGCAUCGCCUCUUGAACCUUCUUUGAACCGUGCUCCCAGCAGGGAAGCUGAUGUGAAAGAAACCAACUAUGAAGGGUCGGAGGAAUUUGUACUGCCUGUUUCCACAAUUACUAACAAAUACCCAUUUUGGAAACCUGUAAGCUCUGUUAAGAAAAUACACUGAAGUGGCUGACCAGUGUGCAGAAUAACAUUGAAAGCAGCAGUGAUCUCUGCAAGAUUACCUGAUGAUGCUGGAGAGUGAUUAUGACUGCAGGGAGCACGGUGCUGGUCAGUACAGAAGGGCCUGUAAAGUGAGCUGAGGAUGAGAUGGAUUCACUACAAAAGACUUGAUGCUCUCGCUAUAUACAUCAUCAGUGAGCUGCAGAUAAACACAGCACACACAUCAGAGGAUGGAUGCGGAGGUGGACUGGGACUCCGAAAAUAGCACUUGUGAUACAGGUGAGGAGCUGUCAAAUGAUUCCAGAAAGAGCACUAAGGAGGUGGGCUACAAGUCUUGCCUCCAGGAGGAGGUGGGCAUGAAUUACUCACAGACGCUCAGUCCUUGUCGCAACACUGCAGGACCAUCAGAUAAACAGGAACUUUCUACAGAGUUGCAGCAUGAAGAUAAAGAAAUCUAUCAGACCUAUUACCAGAAACAGGGUGAGAGUACAGCUGGGAUAUUUGUCCCCUCCAGUACCAACUUGGACCUGCAGUGUGAAGAUAAAACCUCACAGCGUGGUUCCUCUGAGCACUCCAGGAGAUCACGGAGAAGAGCACGUGGUGAUAAUGAAAAUGCCCUUCUUGAUGGUGUGUUUGCUGCAGAGCCUGCACCUGGGAAGGCUUUGUCCUAUCAGUGCAAGAAGUGUGGUGCCUCUUUCCAGGGGACAAGUGAGCUGCAGCAGCAUAAACGGACUCACCUCGUGGAAAACUCAUACCGCUGUCCUGUCUGUGCCAAAGAGUUCUUCCGUGCAGCAAACUUACGCAUGCACAAGCUCAUUCAUAACAGUGACAGGCCACACAAGUGUCCAGAGUGUGACAAGGGUUUCAUUCGCACGGCUGACGUCUGGAGGCACCUCCGCAAUGUGCACAAGAUAGAGCGCUCCAUGGUGAUCUUAGGAAAUGGCAUGGCUAGGAACCCGUGGUCGAUAGUGCACCGUAACCAGCACACUGUUGAGUACACCGAUCAGCCUUGUGCAGAUAACCACAAGGCUGAGGAAGAAGACUGUAAGCCUUACGCCUGCCCAACGUGUGGCAAAGGUUUCGAUAAACCAAACCUGCUUUCCAAACACAAAGUGAUCCACCGGCAGGAAAAGCCCUAUAAGUGUCAGGAAUGCGGCAUGGCGUUCGUCCAGCUGCUCAGGCUGAAAAGACACCAGCAGACUCACUCUGGGGUGCGUCCCUUCUAUUGUGAGGAGUGUGGAGGGACGUUCACAAGGCUGGCCUCGCUCCAGCGCCAUCAGCGCAUCCACACCGGAGAGAAGCCCUACUCUUGUGAUUACUGUGGGCAUUCCUUCACCGAGUCAGGUACCCUACGGAGGCAUGAGCGCACGCACAAGUUGGACAAAUCUUAACUCUUUGUGAUUGUGGGCUCUCAGGUUCUUACCUGAAGAGGCUUGAGAAAAGCACUCCACCGCAUGCACUACAACCAAUCCAGACCCACGUCCCAGCAGUGGGAAGCGCAGGAACUUGUGCUGGUAGAGCUUGCACUUUGCUGGUUUUAAACUGCCUUUGUGUGAAUAAUUUACUGAAUUACCACUGAGUAAUGAAAUGUGAGACUUGUGAAGACUGAAAUAGCUCACAUGUGCUAGCAUUGUGUCACCACUGUGAAUGGGAGGUGCAUCUGCUUGAGCUUUUUGCAGGGAUGCAGGGGCUAUGAGACUUCUCUCUGCAGUCCUGGUUGCUGGACUAAUUGGCUCUGCCCUCUGGAGUGUGAUGACUGGUUGGCAAUGGCUUUGGAGAUCUGUUGUUGCAGGUCUUAAAGUCAGAACAGUCCACAGUCAUCCAUGUAUCUGUUCUUACAUUCUGUUGAGGUUUUCUUUCCAUUAUGUGUUUUUAUUUGGAAGAGAAGUAAAAUGUUUGUUAUUUAAAAACAAAACGAAAAACAAGCCACCCACAAAACAAUUCCUUAAUAAACGCGACAGUUGUCAGCUGUA